UCCAGUCAGUUCCUUUCCACAAGCUACGCAGCGAUCGGUGCGAACGGACAGAAUGUCGAAAACUCGAAUACGAUUGAAGAUGGCAACCCGACCAUAAUGACGCCUGCUGACGCGGUAUGAACGGUGAUUCGAGGCUCACUACGCUCUGGCCAGACAUGGCGGGAGCCAACCCCCACUACGCCAGUGUCAUCAACGAAGCAGACGCCUCAAGACAGGACAACUGGAGCUCCGCCCAGGAGUCCUGCACCAACUCAAGCAUCGGCAACUCCAGCCUUUCCUGGCACGAGAACCUCGUGGUGGUUGUGACGGUAUCCAUUCUCUUAAGCCUCGUCAUCGUGGCAACCGUCAUUGGCAACAUCUUCGUCAUCGCGGCCAUUCUGAUGGAACGCAACCUUCGGACAGUUAGCAACUACCUGGUGCUUUCCCUUGCCGUGGCAGACCUGAUGGUCGCGUGUCUGGUGAUGCCUCUUGGGGCGGUGUACGAGGUGACUCAAGAGUGGGUGCUCGCGCCGGAGCUCUGCGACGUAUGGACAUGUUGCGACGUGCUGUGCUGCACGGCGUCAAUCCUACACCUCCUCGCCAUUGCCGUGGACCGCUACUGGGCGGUCACGUGCAUGGACUAUAUGCGCCAACGUGACGUCCGGAAGGUGGGUAGCAUGAUCUUCCUAGUGUGGAGUGUCUCUUUCGUGGUGUCCAUAGCACCGAUCUUCGGCUGGAAGGACAAGGACUCGCACAGUCGUGUUCUCAACGAGAAGAAGUGCCUGGUGAGCCAGGACGCUGCGUACCAAGUAUUCGCCACGUGCUCCAGCUUCUACGUUCCUCUUAUAAUGAUUCUUCUGCUAUACUGGCGGAUAUUCAAAGUGGCCCGACAACGGAUCCGGCACAAGCCUGGUGCCAAGGCGGUGCUUAUAGUGCACAAGGAACCUUCCACAUCUUCAGCGCCGCCUUCGAACGAAAGCACACCGCAUCACGGAACUCUGAACUCGGGCAACCAGCCACCAAGCAACGGCAUGAAAGCGGUUCACGGCGGCAUCGGACGGCUCCUUGUGCUCACGAAGAGGGAGAAGAAGCAUGUCGAGGAGUCCAUUGAGUCACGCAGGGAACGAAAGGCGGCCAAGACGGUGGCCAUUAUCACGGGAGUGUUUGUGAUGUGCUGGUUGCCCUUCUUUAUGAUGGCGCUUGUGAUGGCGCUGUGCGAGGCAUGUGACCCGGGCAAGCUGUUGUUCAGCUUUUUUCUAUGGCUAGGCUACGCCAACUCUAUGAUUAACCCUAUAAUUUACACCAUCUUCAGUCCAGAUUUCAGGAAUGCUUUCAGCCGGAUUCUGUGCGGCAAGAAGCCGACCUUCAGGUGACAGCAGGGAGCCUCGGCGAGCGCCACGGUGCGGCGCACGAGCGUCAACCCAGAGUUAGAGAUGGUCUGAAUUGUUACUCAGAUGUAGUAAUAGUUAUAUUGUAGCAUAUUUUGAAAUUAUGUUUUGAAAUGAAACCUCAAUCCUCUUUUUUGUUUUAGAAUCGAUGCCCUGAACAAGCAUGAUAAAUGUCAGAAAUGUCGGUUUAGCUGUUACCAAUCUUUAACAUACAAACGUGGGGACUCCGUUUGCAUGUUUAAGGUAUGGUUGAAGCAGUACUGACUUUUCUAACAUUUUCUCGUUUUAUGGAAAUAUGAAGAAAUGCAAAACUUAUCUAUGAACUAUUAAGAGUAGUGAGCCACGGCUUCAUUUUGCUGGCAUUGUUUUGUCUUAUAUAGCAGAGGCUAGCAGAGGCGUUCGCUUUAUGAAAAUUCAGAAGGAUGCUUGGGGCUCAACGUCCCUGUGAAUGUUUCAA